GGUGACUCCAGUUCAGAGCCGCCGGAGAGUCUGUGUCAGGACUUGGCGAUCCCCAGUCACACACGGAGAGGUGCAUGAGCAAAAAGGAGGCUGCGAUACGAUUCAUUGGGGUUUUUUUCCUGCUGUGUACGUACUGCGUUUUUCCCAGUGCCGCGCGGUGCCCGCCCGCUCUCCGGCCGCCGGCGGGGCAGCAGGGCCGGGAGGACGGUGGGCAGCAGCGGCGGGGCCGCGCGAGGCCGGAGCCUCCGGGGGAGAUGUGAAUUAGGGCGCCGCGAACGCCAGAGAGACAGAGGAGGGGGGGGCUCGUCGCAAAAUUUGUGAGUUGCUCCCCGCUACUCCCGCCGCCGGCAUCGCCUCGGCUCCCUCCUCCCGAUCGCUGCGCAGAAAGGACUCCAACCAAGGCUGGGCGCACCCGGCGCGCCGCACCUCGUCCCCUCCGCUCCUUUUGCCAUUUAAUUGAAUUUUUCCUUCGCCUGCCUGCGGGAGCCUGGCUGCAUCGUACGUUUCGCGCGGAGCGGAGCGUCGGGAACCGCAGGAAAAUGUUGACUUAGCCGCGUCGAAGCCUCCCGGCCGGCUGCGCGGAGGAGAAGCCGCCGUGCGCGCAGCCCCAGACCGCCGCGCCGCAGCGCCCAGCGCCCGCCCGCCGCCCCUUGCCGCCGACGCCGCCCGGGGCUGACCCCGCACCGCCACCAGCUCGGCGGGGCCGCCGGUCCCGCUGGGGCCACAGAGCCCGGCCCGCCCUCGGCUUAGAGAGAUAUGAAGAUGAAUAAUGCAGACCUCUGGUUUCGAUGAUGCUGGGCUUUUAUGACUGGAUUCAUUAAGGAAUACAAAGAAAAUUCUUACAGGGAUCAAUAAUGGUGUCUUCUGGUUGCAGAAUGCAAAGUUUUUGGUUCCUGCUCAUUAUCAGCUUCCUGCAGUGUACUGAAGGUUUCAGCCGAGCAGCACUACCGUUUGGUUUGGUUAGGAGAGAGCUCUCCUGUGAAGGCUACUCUAUUGACCUCCGGUGUCCAGGAAGUGAUGUUAUUAUGAUAGAAAGUGCUAACUAUGGACGGACAGAUGACAAGAUUUGUGAUGCUGACCCUUUCCAAAUGGAGAACACUGAAUGCUUCCUUCCAGAUGCCUACAAAAUUAUGACACAAAGGUGCAACAACCGAACACAGUGUAUAGUAGUUACUGGGUCAGAUGUGUUUCCUGAUCCUUGUCCUGGAACAUACAAGUAUCUAGAAGUUCAAUAUGAAUGUGUUCCUUACAAAGUGGAGCAAAAAGUUUUUGUUUGCCCGGGAACCUUGAAAGCAAUUGUGGACUCACCGUAUUUAUAUGAAGCUGAACAAAAAGCAGGUGCUUGGUGCAAAGAUCCUCUUCAGGCUGCAGAUAAAAUAUACUUCAUGCCAUGGACUCCGUAUCGCACUGAUACUUUGAUAGAAUAUGCUUCUUUGGAGGACUUCCAAAACGGACGCCAGCAGACAACGUAUAAACUCCCGAAUCGAGUGGAUGGUACUGGAUUUGUAGUGUAUGAUGGCGCUGUGUUUUUUAACAAGGAAAGAACUAGGAACAUAGUAAAAUUUGACUUGAGGACUAGAAUUAAGAGUGGAGAGGCCAUAAUCAAUUAUGCUAAUUACCAUGAUACUUCCCCAUACCGGUGGGGAGGAAAGACUGACAUUGACUUGGCAGUUGAUGAAAAUGGCUUAUGGGUAAUUUAUGCUACGGAGCAGAACAAUGGGAUGAUAGUAAUUAGCCAGCUGAACCCCUACACCCUACGUUUUGAAGCAACCUGGGAGACAACAUAUGACAAACGGGCAGCAUCCAAUGCAUUUAUGAUAUGUGGUGUCUUGUACGUUGUCCGGUCAGUGUAUCAGGACAAUGAGAGCGAGACGGGCAGGAAUGCCAUCGAUUACAUCUAUAACACCAGGUUGAGCAGAGGAGAGCAUGUGGAUGUUCCUUUCCCCAACCAGUACCAGUACAUUGCUGCAGUGGAUUACAACCCCAGAGACAACCAGCUCUACGUGUGGAAUAACAACUUCAUUCUCCGAUAUUCUUUGGAAUUUGGCCCACCUGAUCCUGCCCAAGUGCCUACUACAGCAGUGACAAUAACUUCUUCAGCAGAGCUAUACAAAACCACGGUUUCAACCACUAGCACUACAUCACAGAAAGGUCCUGUAAGCACAACUUUAGCUGGAGGAACAAAGGAAGGAAGCAGAGGACCCAAACCACCGCCACCCAUUUCUACAACCAAAAUUCCCCCUGUGACGAGUUUUUUCCCUUUGCCAGAAAGAUUCUGUGAGCCAACAGAGGCCAGGGGGAUUAGCUGGCCUCAGACACAAAGAGGAAUGAUGGUUGAACGGCCUUGCCCCAAAGGAACACGAGGAACUGCUUCGUAUCUCUGUGUGGUUUUAACGGGAACAUGGAACCCCAAAGGCCCUGAUCUUAGCAACUGCACCUCACACUGGGUAAAUCAGCUGGCUCAGAAGAUCAGAAGUGGAGAAAAUGCUGCUAGUCUGGCCAAUGAACUGGCUAAACACACCAAAGGACCAGUCUUCGCUGGCGAUGUUAGCUCAUCAGUGAGGCUGAUGGAGCAGCUCGUGGACAUUUUGGAUGCUCAGUUGCAGGAACUGCGACCCAGUGAAAAAGAUUCUGCUGGAAGGAGUUAUAACAAGCUCCAAAAACGAGAGAAGACAUGCAGGGCUUACCUUAAGGCAAUUGUUGACACAGUGGACAACCUGCUCAGGCCUGAAGCUCUGGAGUCCUGGAAAGACAUGAAUUCUUCAGAACAAGCCCAUGCAGCCACAAUGCUACUUGAUACAUUAGAAGAAGGGGCUUUUGUCUUGGCUGAUAAUCUCUUAGAACCAACCAGAGUCUCAAUGCCCACAGAAAAUAUCGUUUUGGAUGUUGCAGUGCUCAUUACUGAGGGCCAGGUGCAAGACUUGAAAUUUCCUCAGGGCAGUAAAGGAGGCAACUCAAUUCAGCUGUCUGCAAGCACUGUGAAACAGAACAGCAGAAACGGGCUAGCAAAACUGGUUUUCAUCAUUUACAAAAGUCUGGGGCGUUUUCUUAGCACAGAAAAUGCAACCAUAAAGCUGGGCAGUGAUUUUGCUGGUCGGAACAGUACAAUUGCAGUCAACUCCCAUGUCAUUGCAGCCUCUAUCAACAAGGAGUCUAGCCGGGUGUACCUGACUGAUCCAGUGUAUUUUACUCUGGAACACAUUGAUCCUGACAAUUAUUUCAAUGCAAAUUGUUCAUUCUGGAACUACUCUGAGAGGACUAUGAUGGGAUACUGGUCAACUCAAGGCUGCAAACUGGUUGACACAAAUAAAACUCAUACAACGUGUGCUUGCAGUCACCUCACCAACUUUGCAAUUCUUAUGGCUCAUCGGGAGAUUGUGUACAAAGAUGGAGUACACGAAUUGCUCCUCACUGUCAUCACCUGGGUGGGAAUUGUCAUCUCUCUUGUUUGCCUGGCCAUCUGCAUCUUCACAUUCUGUUUUUUCCGUGGCCUACAAAGUGAUCGUAACACUAUUCACAAGAACCUUUGUAUCAACCUAUUCAUUGCUGAGUUCAUUUUCCUAAUAGGCAUCGAUAAGACAGAGUACAAGAUUGCAUGUCCAAUAUUUGCAGGUCUCUUACACUUUUUCUUCCUGGCAGCCUUUGCCUGGAUGUGUCUAGAAGGAGUGCAGCUUUAUCUAAUGCUAGUAGAAGUAUUUGAAAGUGAAUAUUCUAGGAAGAAGUACUAUUACGUUGCUGGCUACCUCUUCCCUGCUACAGUGGUUGGUGUCUCAGCAGCUAUUGACUAUAAGAGCUAUGGAACAGAGAAAGCUUGCUGGCUCCAUGUAGAUAACUAUUUCAUAUGGAGUUUCAUUGGGCCUGUUACCUUUAUUAUUCUGCUGAAUCUUAUCUUCUUGGUGAUCACAUUGUGCAAAAUGGUGAAGCACUCGAACACUUUGAAACCAGACUCUAGCAGGUUGGAAAACAUUAAUAAUUACCGUGUUUGUGAUGGCUACUAUAAUACGGACUUACCUGGCUAUGAAGAUAAUAAGCCAUUUAUCAAAUCCUGGGUCCUGGGUGCGUUUGCUCUCCUGUGUCUUCUUGGCCUAACGUGGUCAUUUGGCCUGCUGUUUAUCAAUGAGGGAACAGUUGUGAUGACAUAUCUCUUCACAGUAUUUAAUGCUUUCCAAGGAAUGUUUAUUUUCAUCUUUCAUUGUGCCCUUCAAAAGAAAGUACGUAAGGAAUAUGGCAAAUGUUUCCGACAUUCCUACUGCUGCGGUGGACUACCAACUGAGAGUCCUCACAGUUCAGUGAAGGCAUCAACAACAAGAACCAGCGCUCGCUAUUCCUCUGGCACUCAGAGUCGUAUAAGGAGGAUGUGGAAUGACACUGUGAGAAAACAAUCUGAAUCUUCUUUUAUCUCAGGUGACAUCAACAGCACUUCAACACUUAAUCAAGGAAUGACUGGCAAUUACCUACUAACAAACCCUCUUCUUCGACCACACGGCACUAACAACCCCUAUAACACAUUGCUCGCUGAAACUGUUGUAUGUAAUGCCCCUUCAGCUCCUGUGUUUAACUCACCAGCAACCUACAGAGAGACAAGUAUGGGAGUAAAACUUAACUUUGCCUAUCAAAUGACAUUCACUGAACAAUGCCAGGGAUACAAGUGCCAUGGAUACUCUACCGCUAAAUGGUAAUUUCAACAACAGCUACUCAUUGCGCAACGGUGACUAUAACGACAGUGUGCAAGUUGUAGACUGUGGACUAAGCCUGAAUGAUACUGCUUUCGAGAAAAUGAUCAUUUCAGAAUUAGUGCACAACAACCUGCGGGGCAGCAGCAAGAACCACAACCUGGAGCGCACGCUGCCAGCCAAGGCUGUGAUCGGCGGGAGCAGCAGCGAAGAUGACGCCAUCGUGGCAGAUGCCUCGUCUUUGAUGCACAGCGACACCCCCGGGCUGGAGCUGCACCACAAGGAGCUCGAGGCCCCACUUAUUCCUCAGCGGACUCACUCCCUUCUGUACCAGCCCCAGAAGAAAGUGAAGACCGAGGGAACCGACAGCUAUGUCUCACAGCUGACAGCCGAGGCUGACGACCACCUCCAGUCCCCCAACAGAGACUCUCUUUACACAAGCAUGCCCAACCUCAGAGACUCUCCAUACCCAGAGAGCAGCCCCGAUGUUGAAGAGGAUCUCUCUCCUUCCAGGAGGAGUGAAAACGAGGACAUUUACUACAAGAGCAUGCCAAAUCUAGGAGCUGGCCAUCAGCUUCAGAUGUACUAUCAAAUCAGCAGGGGUAAUAGCGACGGCUAUAUAAUUCCCAUUAACAAGGAAGGAUGUAUUCCAGAAGGAGAUGUUAGAGAAGGACAAAUGCAACUAGUGACAAGCCUUUAAUAGUGUAGCAAAGAAAUAUUAAAGGCCACGUACAAGUAUUAAAAAGACUUAAUUGGCCCCGUGCAGGCUCCCUCGUAUGUGCUUGAAGAGACAAUUCUGUUGACCCUGUGGUUCUCCUCUGUAAUGGGGAUGACUGGACCUCGCAGUUCUGUGAAUUUUUAUAAAACAAAAACUUUGUAUAUACACAGAGUAUACUAAAAUGAAUUAUUUGUUACAAAGAAAAGGAAUACCAACAAGGUAUUUUAAGAUAUCUUCUGCUGCUGAAUUUAACAAAAUUGUGAAAAAAAAAAAAAGAAAUAAAACACUUUCCAGCCAUUUUACUGCAGCAGUUUGUGAACUAAAUUUGUAAAUAUGGCUGCACCAUUUUUUUUUUCCCUAGGCCUACAUUGUAUUAUAUACAAGGCGUAGGCUCUAAAAUCCUGUGGGACAAAUUUACUGUACCUUACUAUUCCUGACAAGACUUGCAAAAGCAGGAGAGAUAUUCUGCAUCAGUUUGCAGUUCACUGCAAAUCUUUUCCAUUAAGGCAAAGAUUGAAUACAUGUCUAACCACUAGCAAUCAAGCCACAGGCCUUAUUUCAUAUAUUUCCUCAACUGUACAAUGAACCGUUCUCAUGAAAGAAAAAAAAAAUGGCUAAAGAAAUUAUAUUUUGUUCUAUUGCUAGGGUAAAAUAAAUACAUUUGUGUCCAACUGAAAUAUAAUUGUCAUUAAAAAUAAUUUUAAGAGUUUGAAGAAAAUAUUGUGAAACGCUCUUGGUUGCACAUAUGUUAUAAGCUGUUUUUCUUACACUCUGUUCAUAGUACAGUAGUAUGUUUAAAAUGCAAGUUCUGCCCGUUUUUCACUUAUUUUUCACUGUAAACAGUGUUCUGCUUUGACAGAUUAGGUUUUUUGUUUUCUUUUGUUUUUGUUUUGUUUUGUUUUAAUUUUUAUUGCCAAAAACAUAAUUUGGGGAGAAAAUUGUUUUAGAAACCAAUUAUGCCAAGCCUUGCACAAAUUUGGUAUAGCUAACAAAGAUUGUAACUCAGUUCCCUGUUCAUUCUUAAUCAGGGUUGGGUGGUAAGGGGCAAAGGGGACACCAGACACUCCUCACAAACUUUCUCGUGAAUAAAAGGUGCCUGUCCUUUAAAAAAUAAAUAAAACAUAACUAUUACACUUCCAUAUUCCUUCUGCCUAUAUUUAGUAAUUAAUUUAUUUUAUGAUAAAAAUCUAAUGAAAUGUAAAUUGUUUCAACUAAAUUCUGCUUUUUUCAUCCCUUUGUGUAAACUUGUUAAUAAUGAGCCCAUCACUAAUAUCCAGUGUAAAGUUUAACACCUGUUUGACAGUAAAUAAAUGUGAAUUUUUUUCCAAAUAGGUAAAAUGUGCAUUAUUAUGUACAAAGCAUAAUUGGCAUCAGCAGUCCUUUGACCCAGCUGUAUCCUGCUUAGAAUGGCUUCUUUACGUUUUAUGAUUUAAGUGUUGAGAAUACAAUAGAAACUGUCUGUGUAGUGCUACAGAAGAGAGUUCAUCUUUACUAUUCAUUACCUUAGUCACAAUUGAAUAGGAUCAAAUUCAAAUGUAGCAGGGUCAUUAGGAAAAUGUACUGUAAUUUCAUAUAUUUACACAACUUUUAAGUAGGCAUAUGUAUUGAAAUUAAAAAAAAUAAGGUCGUAAAUACCACUGUCAUAUUCUCAGCAACAGUAAUUAGCAGUAAAUAUUAGUGAUGAAGAUAUAUUCUUGUAGCAGGGAAAACGUGAGUAAGCAGCAUUUGGAUAGCACUCAGAGUGCUAUACAAAUAAUCAAUCCAUCACUGUUUUCAAUUAAAUAAAUAAGCACGACUGCCCUCAUUUCCAUCAGACAGAAAAACUGCAGAAGGCAGCCCAAGAUGGUAACUACAAAUAAGUGGCAAAAUUGGAACUCUGAAGUCUUUGUUACCUUGGUUCCCAAGCCUCUUGUUGUCCCACUGACACCCGGGCUUCUCACAGAUCAUGCCAAGGACUUCAUUUGUUGCAACUUCUGAAAAUGCCUUUCUUCAUUAUCACAGAGGCCAUUGUUUCAUGUGUGGCCAGUGUGACUGAAUACAGGUAUGACAACAGCAAAAAAUUAAUUUGAAAGCCUUAGAAAUUCUGUUUGCUUCCAAUCUGCUGGUAAAUAUAAAGCUCCAUUAGAAAUAUAUAUUGAUGCACAAUAGUUUCACAUAUGCGCAUUUUGAAAAAGUUUGGAUUUCAGACAAAUUCUGGGGGUGGGGGGCAAGAAUUCUUGGUAUUUAGCUAGAUCUAACUAUAAAAAUUACCUGGGUUGAGGUGGAACCACAUAGCUCAGAUAACCUCAGUAUAAUUGCAGACAGGCCUGUGACACUGUAGCAUUUUUCACUGAAGACAAAAGCAUCUUUACUGGAUACUACUGGUAACUCUCACCAGUAAGUUACUUAAUACUUAAAAGUUACUAUCUUCGUGGCAUAUUUACAAGAACAUUUAGAAUUUAAUCAGAAACUGUUUACUUCUGUUUAAUAGAGAUGCUUUAAAAAUCUGAAGUCUUUGUGAAGUAAGGAUUUGUUCUGAUUCAGGGUAUACCAGCAGACACUUUGGAGCAAAAUGAUUCCCUUGGUCUGUCUGGCAACUUAAAAACAUACCUGCUGCCUUCUUCCUAGGAAAUCAUGUCUUAGGGAUUUAAAACCCAUGGUGCUCAAGUAAUUGCAGUACAUGACCUAGUAACAUCACCAGCUUUCAGCAGAAUAUUCAACCCUAAGCAAGUACUCCUUUGUGUCACAUGUUGUCUAACUAAAGGCAGUGAAACUACAUGCUGGAAGGUUUGUAGCAUUGUGAUCUUAAAAAUAAAAAAUAAAAAAAUCCAAUUGCAAAUGUAACAAGUAUUCCUAAAACAAGAAAAUUGAGCUGAUGAACCUAAGAUGAACCAGCUGAACCUAAGUAUCAUAUGGGAAUUCCUUUGUUAGCUUCUUUGUAGCAUAGUUGUUGCUUUUUACCAAGCCUGUUCUUUUUCUUUUUUCUUCUUUUAAUGUUUUGCUAGUGAAAUGUCCUGUGUUUAGCUAGCAGUCAGUAGCUUGCCAAAUUUCUGUUGGUGUAACUUCUCAGUGUAGUAGGUUACAAUAUAAUUAUAUAGCCGA